UCUCUCUCACUUCGCCCCCUCAUUUCCAAUCCCCCGGCAUCGAUCUGAAUCUCUCUCUCUUCCCCUGCUUCUUGUUGCCCCGAUUUCGUUGCUACAUCAAUUCUUUUCAGCUCCAGCAAUGGCAUACGAGGGCAUUCUCCUGGGGAUGGGCAACCCGCUCCUCGACAUUUCAGCUGUCGUCGACGAAGAUUUCUUGCAGAGAUAUGACAUCAAGCUGAACAAUGCGAUUCUUGCAGAGGACAAGCAUCUCCCAAUGUAUGAUGAUAUGUCCAGCAAGUAUAAUGUGGAGUACAUUGCUGGAGGUGCCACUCAAAACUCAAUUAAAGUUGCUCAGUGGAUGCUUCAAGUUCCAGGUGCGACCAGUUACAUUGGUUGCAUUGGGAAGGACAAAUAUGGGGAGGAGAUGAAGAAGAACUCAAAGCAAGCUGGUGUCAACAUUCACUAUUAUGAGGAUGAGACUGCACCCACUGGCACCUGCGCUGUUUGUGUUGUUGGCGGUGAGAGGUCUCUUAUUGCAAACUUGUCUGCUGCAAACUGCUACAAAUCCGAGCACUUGAAAAGACCUGAAAAUUGGGCACUGGUCGAGAAGGCCAAGUACUACUACAUCGCUGGAUUUUUCCUCACUGUGUCCCCCGACUCAAUUCAACUUGUUGCUGAGCAUGCAGCUGCCAAUAACAAGGUCUUCACGAUGAACCUUUCUGCUCCGUUCAUUUGCGAGUUCUUCAAGGAUGCCCUCGAGAAAUUUUUGCCCUACAUGGACUUUGUUUUCGGGAAUGAGACCGAAGCAAGAACUUUCGCUAAGGUUCAUGGGUGGGAGACUGACAAUGUUGAGGAGAUAGCCCUUAAAAUCUCCCAGUGGCCCAAGGCGUCUGGAACACACAAGAGGAUCACUGUUAUCACUCAGGGUGCAGACCCAGUUGUUGUUGCCGAAGAUGGGAAGGUGAAGACAUUCCCGGUUAUAUUGUUGCCAAAGGAGAAACUUGUUGAUACCAACGGAGCAGGUGAUGCAUUUGUGGGGGGAUUCCUCUCUCAGUUGGUUCAGGAGAAACCAAUCCCGGAGUGCGUCAGGGCUGGGUGCUAUGCAUCAAACGUUAUCAUCCAAAGAUCGGGUUGCACCUACCCGGAGAAGCCCGACUUCGCUUAAGAGAGUUGAUUGAUUAUUCCGGUUCCCACUCAAAUUAUUGAAGGGGCCAAAAAUUUUCAUAUAUUUUGAUGGUCAGACGACCUGCGGCUUAUAUCUGUUUUGUUUGCCGUACUCUUACUAUUUGUUGUGCCUUCAAUAUUUGAUGGUUGGUUGAAUUAAGACAUUUGAGGUUAAAGUUCCUCUAUUAUAUCUAAAAUGGAAAGAUCUCAUCCAUUUCUUCAA